UCCCCUAUUGGUCCCUUUUUCUCUCUCUUUCCUUUUUCCACUUUGACAAAUUGAUUUUCUUCAUUUUCCCUCCACUCUCUCUCUCUCUCUCUCUCUCUCUCUCUCUCUAUUUCUGCUUCACUGAGAAGAAUCCCUCGCAUCGGUCCGAUCAGCAGCGGUGUUCCAUUCCUGACCAGAUUGAAGCAGUUUCAUCGGAGCUAGGAACGGAGCAUUUUGCCAGUUGGUGUGUGAACCUUUAUUCCUAAUCUGGAAUCUUGGUCGGAAUACCUUUAUUCCAUCUCCAUUCUCUUUGGAGCUUGCAUUGUCCAUUUUCUUCUCCCUGCCUGCAUUGCUCUAUACUGAUGCUCGGUCUCCUGUGGGUUACUUUCUAUUUGCUGUUCUAGGCUGUCUUGCUAUGGAUGCUGCAUCAAUGUCUUCUCAACGACGGCCAUUCUCAGUUAAAUUAUGGCCCCCAAGUAAAAAGACUAGGCUAAUGCUUGUGGAGCGGAUCAUGAAAAAUCUCACUAGUGAGUCCAUAUUUACCAAUAAAUAUGGAAGGUUGAGCCAGGAAGAGGCAGAGGAGACUGCGAAACGCAUUGAGGAUGAAGCUUUUGCAACUGCUAGUCAGCACUAUGAGAAGGAGCCUGAUGGUGAUGGUGGUUCUGCUGUGCAGCUUUAUGCCAAGGAAUGCAGUAAGCUUGUAGUUGAAGUUCUCAAAGAAGGCCCAAAACGUAAGGAGGUUACUCUGCCGGUAGAAAAUGGGGUUGAUGCUACUCGUGAGACAUUAUUUGAUAUCUCUAAGGGUCAGCGAGCAUUUAUUGAGGCAGAGGAGGCUGAGGAGCUUCUGAAGCCAUUGAAGGAUCUAACAAAUGCCUACACCAAGAUAUGCUUCAGCAACAGAAGCUUCGGUUUAGGAGCCGCUCGUGUUGCGGAACCUAUUCUGCUUUCCCUGAAAGACAAGCUGAAGGAAGUGGACUUGUCAGACUUUAUUGCAGGAAGACCAGAGGCAGAAGCUCUUGAAGUGAUGAAUAUUUUCUCAGCUGCCUUAGAAGGUAGUGUCUUGAAGUCUUUGAACCUUUCGAACAACGCCCUGGGAGAGAAAGGAGUUAGGGCAUUUGGUUCCCUUCUCAAAUCACAGAGCCAAUUGGAGGAGCUUUAUUUGAUGAAUGAUGGCAUAUCUGAGGAAGCAGCCCGUGCAGUAUCCGAGUUGAUCCCUUCCACAGAGAAGCUGAAAGUCCUUCACUUUCACAAUAAUAUGACUGGAAAUGAAGGGGCUCUACCUAUUGCUGAGGUUGUCAAACGGUCUCCCCUGCUGGAAGAUUUCCGCUGCUCUUCCACAAGGAUAGGCUCUGAUGGAGGAAUUGCCUUGGCUGAAGCUCUUGGAAACUGUGUCCACUUGAGGAAACUUGACUUGAGGGACAACAUGUUUGGUGUAGAAGGUGGAGUAGCUCUGAGUAAAGCUCUCUCCAAGCAUUCUGAUCUCACGGAGGUCUAUCUAAGCUAUUUGAACUUGGAAGAUGAGGGGGGGAUUGCUAUAGCUAAUGUUUUCAAAGAAACAGCCCCUUCACUUGAAGUGCUGGAGUUGGCAGGGAAUGAUAUAACUGCUGAAGCUGCUUCAUCUUUAGCUGCUUGUGUAGCUUCCAAGGAGUCCCUUGCCAAGUUGAACUUGUCUGAAAAUGAACUGAAGGAUGAAGGGACAAUUUGUGUAGCCAAAGCUCUGGAAGAAGGGCAUGACAAGUUAGAGGAAGUGGAUUUCAAUACGAACUCGAUCAGAAGGGCUGGAGCCCGGUUCCUGGCCCAAAUCGUGGUACAAAAGCCUGGGUUCAAACUGUUGAACAUAAAUGGCAACUUUAUUUCGGAGGAGGGUGUUGAUGAGGUCAACAAUAUCUUCAAGAAAUGCCCUGAGAUGCUUGCGUCGUUGGACGAGAAUGACCCUGAUGGAGGGGACGAGGACGAUGAAGAGGAGAGGGAAAAUGGAGAUGAUGGGGACGAGCUGGAGUCGAAAUUGAAGAAUCUUGAUGUGGGCGAGGAGGAUUAAAUAUCUUCCUUAGGCCCUGGAGGUAUCUUAUUUUUUAGUAGCAAUUCUGCCUUGUGUCUGUUGUAGAACAUAGGAAAUUAUGCAGCGCUUAUGAUUGACUCCUCUUCGACUCUAUCUAUCUUUAGCCCGGUGCGGGAAUGGUGAGUAGCAGCUGCUAGUGGAUAUCUGCUAAUUAUCAGGAUGAAGUAUGUGGCCAGCCUCUAAAUCCAUUCAUUUUCAUUCGAACUUUGUCUGAUCAAGGAUUGUACCAGUGGUCUUCUUUUCAGAUGUAGUUUUCAGAAUAGUUUCUGCAUGACUAGCUUGUUAUCGGUACAUAUACUCUAAAUGCAUUUUCUGGUCUUUCACCUGUAUUUGAUGUUAGUUUUAUCUUA